AGUGUGUGUGUUUAAUGCCAGUCCGAUAAGAAGUGCAGCGCGUCUGAUCCACGUCACUCACACUCAGUCCAGCAGCUGGUUAGUGCUGUCGAGGCAGUGCGCACUACAGAGUGAACACUGAUCUCCGCGGAUACAGUGUGACAGGAGAAGCGCGGGUUCAAACCUUGUCCGUUUGCAGAUGGAAAAAGCAGCAGCGCAGACGGAAGGCGACAGAAUAACGCUGAACACACAGUGAAAGAGUCAAGAGCCCCCUGCUGUCACCCAGUCUGCGCCAUCGGCUACAAUGAGUGCCAAAUCGGCCCUCAACAAGGCGAUCUUUAUUCCCAACGAUGAGAGGCUGCUGGCAGCCGUGCAGGUGAAGAGGAGGACGAAGAAAAAGAUCCCGUUUUUAGCUACAGGAGGCCCUGGUGACUACACCACAUUCAUUUGCUUAUCAGUGACCAAUAAGAAACCAGCACAGGUUUUCCUCACGAAGGUGAAGCAGUUUGAAGGCUCCUCGUCUUUCGUCAGGAGAUCACAGUGGUCCAUCAGUCAGCUGCGGCAGGUCAACGGCAUCGACUCCGUCCGAGAUUGCCCAGAGUUUGACUUGAUAUUUGAGAACGGAUCCGACCAGUGGACUGCGGGUUCAGCUGGAGAGAAGUGUGUGUUUGUCCAGGUCCUGCAUCACACAUGUCAGCGGUUCAUCCCCGAAAGAAAACCAGAGUUCAUCAACUGCCCCUCCAAACUGCUGGGAGGUGAGACGGUCCCGUUCAAGCUUACCGUGCACCCUCUCUUUCACUAUACACUACAUGUUUUGUUUUUUUUAAAUAAUGGGGCACAACAUCUUAUAUCCUAA